CUCCACCGGUGUCCCGUCUGUCACAGCUCCUCUGGACUUUACUCUGAGAAGGAUCAAAUCGCGGUGAGAUUUACGCACGAUGGAUGCGAAGCUUCUGGCGGUCAUGGCUGCGCUCACGGUGUUGGUAUUUGUGCCUCCAUCACAAGCAAAGCCCAUCAGCUUGGUGGAGAGAUGCUACUGUCGCUCAACAGUCAACAGCGUCCCAAGAGGCUAUAUCCGAGAGCUCCGGUUCAUCCACACACCUAACUGCCCCUUCCAAGUGAUUGCCAAGCUGAAGAACAACAGGGAGGUGUGUUUGAACCCGGAGAUUCGGUGGAUGCAGCAGUACCUGAAGAACGCCAUCAACAAGAUGAAGAAAUCCAAACAGGGUAACUAAAGAGCCUGCAGGGAUCCUCCCUAGUCAUCACUGAGGAUUUAAACCAUCAUCACAGAUAUGUAACGUGAUAUCAGACCAUCUUGUAUGUUGUACAGCACUUACCCUGGCGGUCUUUUGUGUGGAACGAGCCUACAACUCCCAUGAACAAAAGUCCACCUGCUUCUGCUGCCUUCUUCACCAUCACAACUCUCAUCAUUUAUAGAUAUAGCAAAAUGAUAGUAGCACAAAGUGCAAUUAUAUCUGUAAGUGUAUGUAUGUUUUUCUAACCUUCAUGUAUAUACUUUUUUUUAAAUGGACUUUAACAGUAAAGAACUAUUUUUGGAGAUUUUGUCGUCCCUCUGGCUUCGUCAUUCAGGAAAAAGCAAGUGUCUGAAAGAGAAGGAUGUAGGUCAGCAGGAGGGUUUCUCUACCACAAACAUGAUUGAGCAUUUGUUAGUAGCAGAGCCAUGUGGUCUGCUGAGCCAGGAAAAAAAUGAUUUAUUAUAUCUAAUCCUAAAUAUGGGAUCUAAUUAUCCUGAUUGUCUCCGAUUUCAAAUUGUGCAAAAUGAUAAACAAUGUAUAGUUUUCUCUUCUGAAAAACAAGUUAAUUGGCAGCGAGGAAUUUCAGCGGGUGCCAGCUGCCCCCACGCUGAAAAAAAGAUGUCCACAAGAUCCUAAUAAAAAUGGCAAUUACAAUGUUUUUGUGAUGGAAAUGAGGAUGCCAAAAAAGCCUAAGCAUUUCCUGAGCUGUUCUGUGGCUGUGAUUAUGCGACCGUGUGUUACCCACGUCUGCUUUUUCGUUUUUUUUCUCCCCCUUGCAAAAAGCGGAACAUCUGGUUCCCAAACAGUUUUAAUUGAGCAGCCAAUAAGAUGAAAUUUACCGGAAUCAUAAAGUUUUGUCAGUUAACGUGAUGGUUGGAACAAAGCAGUCAUCAGAGUUUUGCAGCCUUUGUAUAUCAUCAUGACCUUAUUUUUCUUGGAUCCUGUUAAAAUAACCUGUUCGUGUGAAUACCAAUUUCAAAGAAGGGUGCUGAAAAAAGUUAAAUAACAGUUACCACAUCAGUAGUUAAAGGCCGUGUAACACUGAGACCUGCAGUACAGAAAACAGGACCAUUACUGACUAUUAACAGAUGUGACUACCUAUAACCGUCUUGCAGAUAGCAGUGCACUUUAUAUCUGAUGUGUUUGUGUUUUAGCAACAAAAAAACAAUAUCGCUCGCUAACUCUGACCAUUAAAUUCUGUCUUUUGUCCUAUUUUUUAUGUUCAACAUCCUGUUUCUUUGUUCUUUUUGAAUGUGUAGCUGCAUUUAACUGUUAGAAUUCCAUUCAGACCUUCAUUUAAAUCUCGUAUGUCGUGUGAAAAUAUUAAUAUUAUACAAAUGUUUUAUUUUUGUACUCUUUAAUGCAUUUAUAUAUUAAAUCCGAACAUUUAAUUGAAACAACUGUACUCUCGCAACUGAGCCAUCCAGUGUUUUAUUGUCAAACUUGUACUCAGCUGAUCAGUAAAAAAAGGAAACCUUUAAAAUGUUACGGUUAGUGUUUUAAUGUAUCCUUUCCUCCUAUAGAUGUUAUGGGCCUUUUUCAUUAUGCAUAAUCACACUUGUAUCCAUCGGUGCACACACAUACACACACUGUUCAUUUAAGGGACUCUUUAUAUUGAGUGUAAAGCAAACUUUGCCAGGGCCAACACGCAGCUGCUGGAAUCUUUCUGUACUAGCGGGUCAGAGGGUAAAUUUAGAGCUUUGAUGUGAGAACAUGUGUUUAGCUUUACUCAUAGGGGCAAAUGAAAGGCAAGGACAAUGAUCACGGCUGCUAUUUAACUAUUAACUCAACAAGCGACCAUUAGGAAAACAUUAGAGCUAAAAGGGAUGAACUUUUAACUUCCCUGUUGGGGCAUUAUGUAAGGCGGAGCACAGUAGUAUAUAUGUGAUGGGAGUUGUGUGCUGAUUGAAGCAUAAAGAGCAGAGAUAAAGGGCCAUGAGGGGUGGUAUACAGCCCCUUCUUUUUGCUUUGUUUUCUGAUUAGCAUUGAAAUCCAGGUUAAAUGUGAAAAAGCAGAGUCAGCAGCACUCAGUGACUAUAAUUUGGGCUGUAAAUACAUCAGAUGUGGUGCAAUGCCUGUCUUAGCUGAUUGUGGUAAAACUGAUUUCACCACAGGAAUCUGCAGGUAAACCACUUGCAAUAUUAAUAAUGUGAGGAUUUUGACGCCAGAUCAUCAUAUCUUACAGUGUAUUCAUCUGUAUUCCAUUUUAAAAAAAGACUAUUUCAAAUAAACAUUUUACGACAAAUA